CCCAAUUUUCCCCCUUCUCCCCCCUGUCCCGCCGCCUCCCGCCCCCCCCGCUCACCCGAGAGCUCCGCGCCCGCCCCAGGGGGGGCUCCCAGCACCACCAGUGCCACCAGUACGGCCCCAGCUGCCGCCCCUCGCCCCAUGGCCAGCGCCGGGCAGGAGCCGCCAGCCCCAAAGCGGCCGCGCUGCUCUGGGAGCGUCAGCGCGGACCCGGAGCGGGUCAUGAGCGCCGCGCGCUCUGAUUGGUCGGGCGUGGCUUCCAGCCAAGCUGUGAUUGGAUGCCGCUUUUGCUGGGCUCACUCCGAUUGGCUGAACCUUAUUCUGCGCGCUCUGAUUGGCCGGUUCCGUUUGAGACCCGUUUUCCAGAGGCUCUACCUGGCAGCCAAUGAGUCACGAACCUCGCGCGUUCUGAUUGGCUGGAAUUUCUCAGCGGGCUCAGUUUUCCGAGGCUCUACCCGGCAACCAAUGACGACACAGGCGCGGCGCGCUCCCAUUGGCCGCUCGGUUUUUGGGGUGCCGCGGCCCCCGCUGGCGGCGCCCCCA